UAUCUUUCAACCCCCUCCACGAAAUUUUACGGACUAGAACCUAGAACUGGACGGUAUAGACUGGUAUGGAGCAUAAAUAAGAGAGCCUGGAACAAGCGCACGGAGCACGGUUCUGGCUCGAAUGGAACGUGCGAAAAACUCUGCGAUGAGUGAUUCUAUCCUGAUCUCCUAUUUAAAUAUUUCCGCUGUGUGACGUACUCGGUGAUGCGACGCACGUAGCCCGUACGCGUGUACGAGACGAGUCGAUGGGAGAGGGAGGCUCCGUCGGUCUCUCGUGUACGUGUAAUUGAUCCUGAUCGACUAGCUAUACGUGCGCGUAUCGUGAAGCAGAAUCGAAGGCACCGAGGUAAACACCCUGAGAGUUUGAACACCUUCGUCGAAAGUCGGAACGUGAGGAACCGGCUGAUAAAAAGGAGACCGGGGGUUUCUCAAUGGCUGGCAAGGUUAAUACGAUUGGAUGAUUGGCUCGAUUAGCAAAUUGGCUGCCGACGCGUAGGACAUUGGGAUAAAUGAGGAUAUGUCUAUGCUGGGAACAUGCCACCACCGCACCGCAUCGCGGCAAAUUGAUGGGAAGGGAUCGACCGACGGCCCCGACGUCGUCGCUGAUAUAUUAUGAAACAUGGUCAUGGUUUUCGAUGGUACACCGGGCUUACGUGCGCGUGUCACCCCCUAACGAUUAACGCGAUACCUUCCCGCCCGUCUAAAAAAUGGAAUUGGAGCAACGAGUCGCCGUUGCUCUCGGAAUCAGUGACGAGGUGACGACCACGACCACGAGUACCACGGACACGCACGAGGACGAAGCGAAUCGAGCGAUCAUGGCUAAAAGCGCCGAGAGGAUUCCUGGUACCUCGACGAGGCUCAGGAGCAGGGACGACGGCUGCUGCUCCGUUAAUUUUCUCAAAUACGUUCUACACAUCUACAACGUCGUCUUGUUCUUGUCUGGACUGGUGGUAGGCGGGAUCGGUAUCUGGACGGUAAUUUCAAAGCACGGCUAUGUGUCCCUGAUGCCGACCUCGACGUACCCGAUGCUAGCGUAUGCUUUGAUCGUCGCAGGUGCUUUGGCCGUGGUCGGUAGCUGGCUGGGAUGCGGCGGUGUGACUUCUGAAAAUAGAUGCGUUCUUCUCAUAUACGUAUUCGUAGUGAUGCUGGUAUUCGUCCUGGAAGUCGGAGUCGGCGCCUUGGCGCGGCUCUACGAGGAACAGGUCGGUCCCGAAUUGAAAAUGAAUCUUAAUCGAACCUUCCUCGACAAUUAUUCCGUGAGGAGCAGGGAAACUUCAGCCAUCGAUCAGAUGCAGACAGAGUUCAAAUGCUGCGGAGCGUUGAGAUUCGAAGACUGGCUGGUCAGCGAGUGGCACAAGGACGAAAAGGUUCUCAGGAACGGAAGUCUCGUUCCCGACAGCUGCUGCAAGACGCCUACGGUCCUCUGCGGCAGAAGGGACCAUCCCUCGAACAUCCAUUACACGGGUUGCAUCUACAAAUUUCUGGAGACCACGAAGGAUCACCUGAUAAUCUUGGGUGCGGUAGGCCUGGGACUCUCCGUUCUCGAGCUUUUCGGCAUAGUGCUCGGCUCGUGCUUGUACAUAAAGCUGAGGCAUCACUUUGACGACUGAGAAUCUGUGCGACCAAGCGAGAGGAACGGCCGCUCCUGGUGCAGGUACAUGCCGAAGGGUACCGGAGCCGUCCGAGCGUCGAUUUGGGAGGAAGCGGACCGAGAUGGCCAAAGACCUCCGGACGUUGGUCGUUCGCCGUGUCCUUAGCCCCGUAAAAUGGAACUCGCAGAGACUCCUGUCCGGUUCUUUCCCUCGCGGCAGGUGGGCCUGCGAAGAGAACUCGAAAGGGAAAAGAAACGGAAAAGGUGAAUUCGAACCGUCGCAAUAAUUUUCUCGGCAUUAUUCGACGAGAGUCAAUGUCCAAAGUCGGUCUCAAAGCGAGAAGAACGGUAGCUCGCGUUCGUUGACUGACGUCUCUUUCCGACUGUCUCCUUUGAUCGUUCGAGGAGAAAACAGACCCCCCUCGACGAUACCUCGUCCCUCUCGAGACAGAGCGAACAUCUCGAUCGGUCUUGCACUGCCUCGUGCUCCACCUUUGAAACCAUGACGAUUUUGGAUUGGACUAAACGUUUCAACGCUAUUGAUGCGCGGGACGUCCUUCCACGGACAUCGACGAUCCAAACUUUUUUACACGACGCUGUCUCUCUCUCCGCGGAAAACGAUCGACGCGCGACAGCUCGUACGAAUCACGCGCUGUCUCUCUUCGUACACUGCCGCAACAGACGCGUAAGGACGCGUUUUUACGUAUGCGUAGACGCGUACACACGGGUCACGCGUAUCUCUUGGAUAGACAGCAGAAUCGCGAUCGAAACGGCGCUAUUUCUUUGGGGCCAAUCCCGAUUUCUCGAUCGAACGGUCCACCGUGUCACGUCCAGUACUAAAAAAAAGAACCGAACGGUCGAGACGUAAGCUGUAAACGUAACAGAACUGCGAAACAGUGCCUUCACGAAUUAGGAUUAAGUUCGAAGAAAUAUUUUCAAUUCUAUCGCAUGAUCGAGCAGGGAAGGCCGUUGGCGUUAGAAGCAUCGUAUGUGACUACCGUAUUUCUACCAUGUACGUAUUUAUGAUGAAAGUGGAGGAAUCGGAUGGCGCGUCGCACUCGUCUGAUUUCGUCUACCUUGUAUACUUUAUUUAUUACACGAUGACGCAACGAUCCUUUGUUGGCCGUUUCACCUGGACAUUUUUUCGAUUUAUCCGCGUGCUCGAGACUCGCGUCUCGGGACAAGAACGUACACGAAUAUACACAUGUAUACGUAUUUUACUAUUGCAUCCACGAUCGUGCCGUACGUUAUUUUAUUCUCAAUGUUAUCGUCUUCGUUACGUGCGCGUACCGUCUGUUAGAAUUUAGAACUUUAUAAAUACUGUACAUAUAUAUACACAUAUAUCGCAUACUUUAUUCUGUUACAAAUAAAUAUGAAAAACAUA